UGAUCUUCAAGAAGGUUCACCGCCUCAGUUCCCUCAUGCAAAGGGAGCCUCGCAUGCUGCAGAGUCACUGUUCCACUCAGCUGAAUGGCUCCGGUGCUGAGGAGCGUGUACCACAUCACGGCCUUCAGCGGCUACGCCUUUGUUGUUAGGAGUCUUGCUGCUAAGGGGGGAGAGGAGCUACCACCCGGCAUCUUUGUUUAUGGAGGACCAUGGAAGUACCUCACCUUUUUGAAUCUGUUGCUGCAGAUGUCGUUUUUCGGACUGGCUGCAGUAAAUGACCUACAGCCUGGAAGCAAGUCUCAAAGUGCUGUAAACAGAUGGAAAGACUUCCUCUUUGCUGUUUUUGCCUUCCCUGUUGGCACGUUUGUUGUUCUGUUCUUCUGGACCGUCUUCGCCUACGACAGGGAACUGGUCUACCCAGCUACUAUUGAUUCCUUCUUCCCUCCUUGGAUGAAUCAUUCUAUGCAUACGGUUGUGCUACCUGUUCUACUGGGAGAGGUGCUGGUGCAGCCUCAUGUCUAUCCCCAGACCAAACAGGCACUGGCCGUGCUGGGAACCGUGGGCUCGGCUUACUUAUCCUGGAUUAUAUGGGUAUACCUGUCAGUUGGAAUCUGGGUGUAUCCGCUCCUUGGGCACCUCAGCACCUCCAGCCUGGUGGGCUUUUUCAUUUUAAACAUGUCCGUGGUGUCGUUACUCUACCUACUAGGGGACAGGCUCAACAGCCAUGUGUGGGGUAAGCGAACUAACACACAUCUGGAGACAAACAAAUGA